AUGAACUCGCUCUACAACCAGGCGCUGCGCCAGUUCUCGUCGAUCCAGAGCGACCUAUCACGCCUCGACUCGGAUCCACACGUCACUCCCGCCCAGUACGGCCCCGUCACGGCCUCGCUCACCGCCCUCACACGCACCAUCGACGAGUACGAGUCGCUGGCCAAACGCGAGCUGAUCCAGUCCAAGCAGGAAAAGGCCCUCGGCCGCGCCGCAAAGUUUCGCACCGACUACAAGGAACUCAACAACCAGCUCGCCAGAUUGAAGCAGAAGGCCCUCGAUGCGGCGUCCGGUGGCGGCGGCGGUGGUGGUCCGCACAGUCCGGCGGCGGCGAGAGCGGGUGCGCAGGGUUACAGCACCGCCUCAUCCUAUCGCUCACCCACCUCGACCGCGGCGGCCGAAUCGCCGUACAGCCUCCACGCCCGCGGCACAUCGACCUACGGCGCAUCUCCUUACUCGUCCGGAUCUCCCUACGCACCUUCCGGCCUCGGGCCCAACGGAACCUCCUCCUCGAACGACCCGCUGUCAGCCUACAAGAUGAACGCCUCGGCCGCGGCCAUGUUCGGCGGCGGCGGCGGGGCCGGCGGGUACAGUGCGAGGGAGGGCCACGCGCUGCGAGAACACACCUUCAUCGAGCAGACCGAGGCGCAGCUCGACGCCUUUAUCGCGCAGGGGAGAGAGGUGUUUGGCAACCUCGUCGAGCAGCGCGGCAUCCUCAAGGGCACCCAGCGCAGGCUCCUCGACGCCGCAAAUACCAUGGGCCUCAGUCGCGACGUCAUCGGCUACAUCGAACGUCGCAGCACGCAGGACAACAUCAUCUUUGCGGUGGGCGCCAUCUUCACGCUCGUCUGCUUCUAUUACAUCUACAAGUGGUUCGGCUGA